AUGGUUGCGGACGGCGGCCUGCCAACGGCGGCGGGCAGGCCAGAUGUGCCGGAAGCCGUUGUUGCGCCGCCACCCAUCAGCCUGCAGCUGCUUGACCAUCAGCGCCAGGAAAAACUGGCUGAGCUGCUGCUGUGCAGUGGCAAGACGGCGGACGCCCUUGCUUGCGCCGACAAGGCGCUACUCGCUGCUCCCGCCUCGGCAGCUCUGCUGCAUUUGCGCGGCCGUUGCCUGCUGAGCGCUGGCAACAUCCCAGGAGCGUUCGCAAGCUUCAUGUCUGUGCUGGCGGCGGACCCUGCGCAUCUGCCGGCACUGCUGGAGCUGGCAUCACUCUACAAGGCCAGGGGCCUGCUGCAGGAGGCGCGGGACGUUCUGGAGCGCGCAGUCAAGGCCGCACCAGCCGACGAGCGCGCUGGGGAGGGCCUAGCUACAGUUCUGACCGACCUGGGCACAGCGGCCAAGGUGUCCGGGCGGCUGGAUGAGGCCGUGCAGCUGUACCACGCGGCUCUUCGGGGGGUUGUGGCCAGCGAGGCGGGGCGUGACCGGUGGCGAGAGGCGCUCCAGUACUACAGCCGCGCCAUUGAGGUGGCGCCUUGCUACGCACAGGCGCACUGCAACAUGGGCGUCAUUUAUAAGGAGGAGGGCCGCCUGGAGGAUGCGGUGGCAGCCUAUGAGCGGGCCCUCAAGGCGGCGCCCUUCUACGACCUCGUCCGCAGCAAUCUGGCCAUCGCGCUCACAGACUUGGGCACACUGCGCAAGGCCCAGGGCGACACGGCCGGCGGCAUCGCGCUGUACGACCGCGCCCUGGCGCUGUCACCGCGGCAUGCAGACGCGCUGUACAACCUGGGUGUCGCGCUCGCCGAGCCAGGGCCGUGGAACAACGCGGGCGUCAUCUACCGCGAACGCAACGAGCUGGAGCGCGCCAGCGAGUGCUACCUGGCAGCCCUCAACAUCAGGCCCAACUUCCCGCAGAGCCUGAACAACCUGUCUGUCAUCUACACCAGCCAGGGUCGCGCGGGCGAGGCCACGGCCCUGCUGCAGGCAGCUACCCAGGCCUGUCCCUCUUAUGCAGAGGCCUGGAACAACCUGGGCGUGCUGCAGCGCGACAUUGGCGCAGUCGCUGAUGCCAUUGCCAGCUACGAACGCGCGGCGAGCUUGGCGCCAGAGCAGCCCAACGCAGGCCCCUUGCGCGUAGGCUACGUGUCUCCUGACCUGUUCACGCAUUCGGUCUCAUACUUCUGCGAGGCGCCCCUGACGGGCCACGACCGCGAGGCAGUGGCAGCCUACGUCUAUGACUCAACGCCCCGGCGCGACGCGAAAAGCGAGCGGCUGCGGCGGGAGGCGGAGGCGGCAGGGGUGAUGUGGCGCUGUGUUGAGGGCCUGGGUGACGACGCGCUGGCUCAGCUGGUGCGAGACGACGGCAUUGGCGUGUUGGUGGAGCUCACAGGCCACACGGCGCACAACCGCCUGGGGAUGAUGGCGCGGCGGCCGGCGCCAGUGCAGGCGACAUGGAUCGGCUACCCCAACAGCACAGGCCUGGCCGCCAUCGACUACCGCCUCACAGACGCCAUAUGCGACCCCGAGGACACCAAGCAGACAUUUGUUGAGGAGCUGGUGCGGCUGCCGCGCUGCUUCCUGUGCUACACCCCGGCCCUGGACGCCCCCCCUGUGGCGCCCCUGCCUGCUCUCAACAACGGAUUCAUCACGUUCGGCUCCUUCAACGCGCUGGCCAAGGUGUCUGACGAUGUCCUGGGCCUCUGGGCGCGCCUGCUGGCUGCUGUCCCCGGCAGCCGCCUGGUCCUCAAAAACAAGCCCUUCGCCUGCCCCCAGGCCCGCGCCCUGUGGAUGGCGCGGAUGGCGGCGUUGGGCGUGGAGGCGUGGCGCGUGGACCUGCUGCCCCUGGCCCCAGGCAACUGCGAGCACCUGGCGCAGUACGCACUGAUGGACGUCAGCCUGGAUCCCUUCCCCUACGCAGGCACCACCACCACUGUAGAGUCCCUGUUCAUGGGGGUGCCCUGCAUCUCCAUGGUGGGGGGCUGCCACGCGCACAACGUCGGCGCCAGCCUGCUGCACACAGUGGGGCUGGCUGAUGACUGGGUGGUGGCCGACACCGAAGCUUACCUGGCGCGAGCGGUGGCGGCGGCGGCUGACCUUCCACGACUGGCGGCGCUGCGGGCAGGUCUGAGGGAGCGGCUGCUGUCGUCGCCUCUCUGCGAUGCGCCGUCGUUUGUGCGCAGCCUGGAGGGCGUCUACAGGCAGCUUUUUGCGCGGUGGCUGCAGGAAACGGGCAGCAGCAGCGGCGGCCUGAACCAGGUUGGCGUUGCAGGGGCUGUUCAGUUGAGCUCGUCACCUGGCGCUGCUGAGGACGGCACCGCUGUCUCGGUCAGCGAGGAGCAGCAGCUGCCUGUAGAGGAUGAGUCGCUCGAGAUACUGGAGUGGCCCUUGGUGUGCCGGCAGGUAGCGUGCUUCUGCCGCACGCCUAUGGCAGCCGAGCGUGCAUUGGCUGGGCUGCAAUUGGGCUCCAGUCAAGGGGAGAGCGAGGCGCUGCUGCAGCAGACCGAGGAGGCGCAGCUGGCAGACCUGCCGCUGGCUGGCAUCCUUGACCUGCGGCCGGCCAUAAAUGCUGCGGCGUCUGGAAUGGUCCUCAACGCCAAGCAGCUGGAGGGCGUCGCCGCCACCCUGGAGGCUGCGCUGAGACUGCGAGACGUGGCAUGCCAGCGGGGGCCAGAGGCGCGCUUCCCCCUGCUGGCGCGGCUCGCAGACGGCAUCUGCGCAGAUGAGGCGUCCACGGUGGCUGCGCUCAGGGCCUGCAUCCGUGGGGGAAACGUCACUGAUGAAGCUGACCCGGCGCUGGCAGCCACGCGCGCUGCGCGUUCCUCCAACUUGGCGGCACUGCGCUCCAUGGUGGGGGCCAUGGCGCGCGACAUGGCUGCGAGGGGAGCUGCAGACAGCCGUGAGCCAUUGCUGGUGCGGGGACGGUUCUGUGUAGCGGUACGCUCCAACCGGCGCUCCGAGCUGCCCAAGGGGAGCGUGAAGCUGGGCGCCAGCAGCUCUGGUGCUACCGCCUACAUUGAGCCAGCGCCGGCAGUGGACCUGAACAACCGGGAGAUUGAGCUGGCUGCCCGAGAGGAGGAGGCCGAGGCAGCAGUCAUGGCGCGGCUGAGCGCCAUGCUGGCAGGGCGUGCCCCCCAGCUUGCGUCGUUGGUAGCAUCAGUUGCAGAGCUGGACAUCGCGGCAGCUCGUGGUCGCCACGCACAGUGGAUGGGCAGCGUCAAGCCACAAUUUGUCAGCAGGUUUGAGGUGGAGGGGCCGCCGCCGCUCUGUGUGCAGGGGGCCGUGCACCCCCUGCUGCUGGAGCCGACCUUGGACCCGCUACCGCAGCCACCGAGCGCCGAGGACCAGCCUUUUGCAGCCAACUUUCAGGCGGUGCCCUCGUUUUGGGGCGCGCCAGGGGGCAGCAGGGGCCGGUCCAGCGAAGCGCGACGGCCACGGCCCCUGGACCUGCGUGUUCCAGCGGGCAUCAGUGUCGUUGCCAUCACUGGGCCCAACACAGGCGGUAAAACCGUCACGCUCAAGGUGGCUGGACUCAUGGCGCUCAUGGCCAAGGCGGGCCUGUUCUUGCCCAUCGACGCCCCGGGCCAAGACGCAGCAGCCCCUCCUGUACCGCGGCUGCACUGGUUUGAUGCGGUGCUGGCUGAUAUCGGCGACGCGCAGAGCCUGCAGCAGAGCCUCUCGACGUUCAGUGGUCACGUGCGGAGGCUGCGGCGCGUGCUGGGUGCAGCAGGGCCGCUGUCCCUGGUGCUGCUGGAUGAGGUCGGCAGCGGCACAGACCCGGGAGAGGGCGCGGCCCUGGCGCGCGCGGUGCUUGACGCUCUCGCAGGGCGUGCUGGCCUCACCCUCGCCACCACGCACCACGCCGAGCUGAAAGGGGCUGCGGUGCAGGACACCCGCUACGCCAACGCGUCGAUGGGCUUUGACACCGCCAGCCUGGCACCUACGUACACCCUGGCAUGGGGCGAGGCAGGUGCCAGCAACGCGCUCGACAUUGCCGCAGCGUUGGGCUUUGACGCAGCCGUUGUGGGUGACGCGCGGCGCCUGGCAGCCAGCGAGGAGGCGGCACGCGCCGAGGCGGCGGCCGACAUGGAGCGCGUGGCGGCCAGCGUGGAGCGUCAGCUGGCUGAGUUGAGGGACCGGUUGCAGCGGCGUCGUGAGGCGCGUGCGGCGCGCGAGUCUCGGUUGGCCGAGCUGCGCAGUCGUGAGCGCGACCUGGCGGCGGUGCGUGCCAAUGUGCAGCGUGGGCCCGCGCUGGUGGAGCAGGUCGUGGCGCGCCGCGUGCUGGAGGUGCAGCUAUCGCUCGCUGGAUUCCGCCGCGGCGAGCUGGAGCCUGCGGUGCUGGCACAGCGGCUCGAGGAUCUUGAGGCGCAGCUGCCUCCGCGGCUGCGACCAGGGCAGCAGGGGCCUGGGGGUGCUGGUGCAGACAUCGGACUGGUGCCUGUGGCCAGUCAGCUCAAGGCAGGGGACAGUGUGAUGGUGCCGAAGAAAGGGCAGCUGGGCUAUGGCACAGUGCACAAGGUAGUGGGGGACAUGGUUGUGGUGGCGACCCUGAUGGGCCGCGUGAAGGUAGCGGCAGACGAAGUGGUGCUCACGGAUGACGCCGCAGCGGCGGCCAGGGAGGCAGCGGAGCGGCGGCAGCAGGGGCAGCUGGCGGGGGAGGGCAACAGCGCACAGGGGCGGCGGGACAGUGCCUACGCUGACCUGAUGCUGCGUGUCGACGAAGCGCUGAGCGCGUUGCAGACCAACUGA